AGAGAAAGCCUGCAUGCCAAUUCUAAGCUCUUCAGGAUCAAAUGUCGUUCGUCCUGUCCAGAAUGGCAGCCUGUGGAGGCACCUGCAAGAACAAAGUGACUGUCUCCAAGCCUGUGUGGGACUUCCUGAGCAAGGAGACCCCAGCGCGGCUGGCCCGGCUUCGGGAGGAGCAUCGUGUGUCCAUCCUCAUAGAUGGCGAGACUUCUGACAUCUAUGUUCUGCAGCUUUCCCCACAGGGCCCACCCCCGGCCCCUCCCAAUGGGCUCUAUCUGGCCCGGAAGGCUCUCAAGGGGCUGCUGAAGGAGGCAGAGAAAGAGUUGAAGAAAGCUCAGAGGCAGGGGGAGCUUAUGGGCUGCCUGGCUUUGGGGGGUGGGGGGGAGCACCCUGAGCUGCACCGUCCAGGCCCACCCCCUCUCCGAGCAGCCCCGCUCCUGCCUCCAGGGGCGCGGGGGAUCCCCCCUCCUCCCCCUCCCCUACCUCCCCCUCUCCCUCCCCGCCUUCGGGAGGAGGCAGAAGAGCAGGAGAGCACCUGUCCCAUCUGUCUGGGGGAGAUCCAGAAUGCCAAGACAUUGGAGAAGUGCCGGCACUCAUUCUGCGAGGGCUGCAUCACCCGGGCCCUGCAGGUGAAAAAGGCCUGUCCUAUGUGCGGCCGCUUCUAUGGGCAGCUGGUGGGCAACCAGCCCCAGAAUGGGCGGAUGCUGGUCUCUAAGGACGCCACCCUCCUACUGCCCAGCUAUGAGAAGUACGGCACCAUUGUCAUCCAGUACGUCUUCCCACCUGGUGUUCAGGGGGCUGAACACCCAAAUCCAGGCGUUCGGUACCCUGGCACCACACGGGUGGCCUACCUCCCUGACUGCCCUGAGGGCAACAAGGUGCUGACCCUGUUCCGAAAGGCAUUUGACCAGCGUCUCACCUUCACUAUCGGCACGUCGAUGACCACAGGGAGACCGAAUGUCAUCACCUGGAAUGACAUCCACCACAAGACCAGCUGCACAGGGGGACCCCAGCUGUUUGGGUACCCGGACCCCACCUACCUAACCCGGGUGCAAGAAGAACUGAGAGCCAAGGGUAUCACAGACGACUGAAGGACCUCCCCUUGCCAAGGCCCC